AGCGUUCGGCUGCAUUCGCUAGCGCACAAGUAAAUCAACCAACUCGAUAACCGAGAGCUGCCAGAUAGUCAACAUGAAGGUGUUUUUUAAUGAAGCCGUCCGUAGUUCUACGUACAUCCGGGAAAUUAGUACAGAAAUCCGGCCCAGUUCUGGUGGGCAACGAUUCACGAAGGCGAAUUUACGGCUUGUCCAGCAGCUACCCUAGGUUUCCGUGCCAUAGCAUUCGUCCAAAACACGGUCACCGGCGACGUUUGCUUAUGCUCUUGACAGUACAAUUGUGCUUGGCUAACAGUGGUGGUUCGUUUCCAUGCGUCUACGCUUCGACCAUUACCGAUGUAGUGGUCACUCAGAUGUUUGUAUGCAACUGGAAGAAUCCUUCAAGACUAGGAACACCGCAACACCGUCGAGCCCUCUCAACGGCGGCUCUAUUUUGUGUCAUAGAGCUCAAUCUUAAAAUCCCGGUGAACAAUUCACGUUCAACCGAGAUAUUUCUGUUAAAGACAUCAUACCAAGUUGCGAGGUAUAGAAACGUGUGUCAGUUUACUUAUCCUACCCUCGUCUGUAGAGGUGCGGGAGGGUGUGCGCGGAUGGAGGAAUCACGCGGAGUCGUGCGGGGAAGGAUGCGGAUGUAGGACCGAGAUGCUGGAGGGAGGGGUUACUCCAAGACGAAGUGUCUGCGGCUGUGAAGGGGAGGUCUCGUCGAAGGGAUGCUCUGUGGCUGUGGAGUCGGAGCACCCUGUGGCUGUGUAGGAGGGCAGACUGGAGACGUCGAUGGAGGGAACGUCGUCGUGCAUUUAGGCGACGUGAAGGGUUUUGUGGAUGCUGAGGAUGAGGUGAGAUGGAGAAGAGAGCGGGUGAACAUA